AAGACACCACGAAUGACAUCAUUACAGCUUGAUACAGGCGCGGUAUGUUUCGGUAAACAGGUGUAUAGCUAAUACAGUGUGCAGACAAUAACAACAGCUCCUGUGACGCUCUCGAAGAACUGCGGAACAAUUAUCACCGGAACCAGGAACUACGUUGUUCCUGCGGUUCACAGUUUCUGUCCGGAGCCAUAACAGUGUGACACACAACCUUUGAAAGAGGGAAAAACAGAAAAUGGCAGGUUCCAAAUCAGCACUGGUGUUGUGUAUGGAUGUGGGGUUCUCCAUGUCCAACUCUGCCCCGGGUGAAGAGCCCCCCUUUGAACUGGCCAAAAAAGUCAUCCAGAAGUUUGUCCAGCGGCAGGUCUUUUCAGAGAGCAAGGAUGAGCUGGCUUUAGUCCUGUUUGGCACAGACUCCACGAAGAACCCACUGGACCAGGAUGACCAGUACCAGAACAUCACCGUGCAUCGUAAUCUUAUGAUCCCCGACUUUGAGCUUCUGGAGGAAAUAGCAAAUCAGAUCCAUCCAGAGAGUCAGCAGGCUGAUUGGCUGGAUGCUCUUGUUGUGUGCAUGGAUCUCCUUCAGACAGAAACAAAGGGGAAGAAAUGUGAUCGCCUCAACAUUGCCCUCCUGACCGACCUCAGCACUCAGGUCAGCUCAGAGCAGCUGGACGUUAUCAUUGAAAACCUGAAACAAGCUGGCAUCACCCUGCAGUUCUUUUUGCCUUUCCCUGCGGAGGACGAUGAAGAGGGUGGUGGAGAUGCGGAUGGAAGAGGCCCUGGUCACCCCGGCACAGGCAAAGGUCUGUCCAGGGAACAGAAGAGUGGCCUGGACAUGGUGAAACACAUCAUGCUAAGCCUGGAUGAGGAGGACGGCCUGGAUGAAAUUUACUCCUUCCGGAAUGCACUUGAGCAGCUGUGCAUGUUCAAGCGUAUCGAAAGGAGACCCAUGGCCUGGCCCUGUCAGCUGACCAUCGGCAGCUGUCUGUCUAUCCGAAUUGUUGGAUACAAAGCAGUGACAGAAGAGAGAUUGAAGAAAACAUGGACAACAGUUGACGCUCAAACCAAUCGGAAAGACGACGUGCAGAGAGAGACCGUCUACUGUCUGGAUGAUGACAAUGAGACGGAGGUGCAGAAGGAUGAUACCAUCCAAGGUUUCCGUUAUGGAAGUGAUAUUGUUCCCUUCUCCAAAGUGGAUCAAGACCAGAUGAAAUACAAGCAUGAUGGGAAGUGCUUUGCGGUUCUCGGCUUCACCAAACAAAACAUGGUACAACGCCAUCAGUUCAUGGGGAGUCAAGUUGUUAAGAUGUUUUCUGGCAAGGACGAUGAGCAUGCAGCAGUUGCGAUGUCUGCUCUCAUCAGAGCGCUGGAUGAACUCAACAUGGUGGCCAUUGUGCGUUACACCUAUGACCGGCGCAGCAACCCUCAAGUAGGAGCAGCCUUUCCGUGCAUCAAGCCAGGCUAUGAGUGUCUGAUCUACGUCCAGCUGCCGUUUAUGGAAGACCUCAGACAGUUCACAUUUCCUUCUCUUGAAAACAACAAAAAGAUCACACCAUCAGACACCCAGCUGUCUGCUGUGGACUCUCUCAUUGACUCCAUGAUGUUGGUGGAGAAGGACGAUAAUGACGAACAAAAGGACAUAUUCAAGGUCCACCACAUUCCCAACCCUGCCUUCCAGAGGCACUUCCAGUGUCUGCACCAUCGGGCAGUGAGCCCAGGCACCCCUCUUCCACCCAUGGAGCCAUGGUUGAAGGCGGCUCUUGAGUGCCCUCAGGUCAUUACUGAACGUUGCCAGGCUCAGCUAGAAGAGAUGAAGAGGAAAUUUCCUCUCACAGAAGUGGAGAAGAAAAAGAAGCCUAAGACUAGUGCUCAGAUUUUUGGCAAAGACUCAGAGGAGCCAGAUGCCAAGAAGGCAAAAGGAGACGAGGAGGAGGAGGAGUAUAGCCUGGCUGACAUUGCCGAGGGCUCUGUUACUUCGGUGGGAAGUGUGGAUCCAGCCAGAGACUUCCGCACUCUGAUCAAGAAAAAGAGUCUUCCAUUCGGAGAGGUCUGUCAGCAACUGACUCACAGGAUAGAGCAGUUGCUUAGCAACAAGAACACACACUACUACAUGAAAAGCAUCACCUGUAUCCAGGCUUUUAGAGAGCAGUCCGUCAAGCUGGGGGAUGCCAGUCUGUACAACGACUACCUCCAGUCCCUGAAAAGAAGCAUCCCAAACAGAGGGCUGGAGGACUUCUGGGACCUGCUUGUUCAAGAUGUAAUAACUCUGAUCAGUAAGGAUGAGGUUGAAGGAAGCACCGUGUCCAAAAGUGAAGCUAAUCAGUUUCUGGUUACUGAGGAGAAGAAAGAAGAGGUGGCUGCACCGCCAGCUGAAGAUACUGGAGAUGUUGAUGACUUGCUGGACAUGAUGUAAGAAGGGAGGCAAUGGGAGUGUCUGCAGUGGACAUGCAGAGAAUCAAGAAGAAUGCAAUCAUUCAGCUCAGCCAGACCAAACCAAUUCAGCUGUCCAUUGUCCUGCCUCCCACUUGGGGACCACUGAUACUCUUAACUGGUGAUACUGAGUAACUGCAUACAUACUGCACAGAGCGGUGUUUGACUUAGAUAACGUUUACUCCAGAACUGUAUCGAGGAAUUCACAAACACUCAUGCAAAUACUGUACAUUAAGGGAUUUAGAUUUUUUUUGUCUGAAGGGUCCAGUAUGUAGGACUUUGGGGCGUCUAUGGGCAGAAAUUAAAUAUAAUAUUCAUAACUAUGUUUCCAUUAGUUUAUAAUGACAUGAAUUAAGAAAUGUUGCUGUUUAUUCUUACUGUUUCUACAGUAGCCCAGAAUGGACAAACCAAACACUGGCUCUAGAGGGGGUCUUUCACAUUUUUAUGUUAGGUCAUUGUAGGUUGUACUAGAUGCUUUAAAAAGUAAGGGGUGAGGGGAGGGGUAUUCAGUUGGUUGCAAUGUGCUGCCUCACCACUAGAUGCCAGUAAAUCCUACACACUGGUCCUUUAGAGCUGUAGUUGUUAACUUUCAUAAAGCGCGAAAUGAGAAAAAUAAUCUGUGGAAAAAAAGACACUCCUCUGCCUAGUCUGCCUUGUAGCUAGGGUUGGGCUGAUGGCCAAUGCUAUCGUCAUACUAACCCUCCCCCCAAUCGGUUCGUCCGUCCGUCCACACCAACACUGCGGUGGUGAUUAUAGCAUUGACUUCAUGCUUAGAGCAAAAAUUCUGAUUUAUCUACCAUAUGAACUGUUGGCUGCCAGAUUGGCUAACUGGUACCUUUAUUAGCAACCGAGUUUGUCGCCGCCAUCUAGAAGAUUUGCCACCAUCACUGAUCAAUAUCUGCUGUCAUCCACUGGACCGACUGAUUUUUUUAUUUAAAUUCUUUUUUUGUUUUUUUUUACUCAUGAAUGUAUAAAUAUCAGGGGUUCUGGUAGACAUGUGAAAAAGUGACAAAGCGACGUCCUGAGUAAGUUAUUAAUAACUUACAGAACCAUCGAUGUCAUCCUCCAUUGUGAUGUUUUACUAUGGACAUCCUAAUAUGCCAAUUCAAUAGAUAACGCUCAACUCCUUCUGCUUCUAAUGGCAUUACUGCAGAGAAAGUUUGUGAACCUGCUGCCAUGUUGCAAACAGUUGAGCCGGAAAAAAACACCACCCACCAACCAGAGCAGAACUCUCAUUUUACAGCUAAACAGUACACUAAAAUUUGUUUGUUAAAGCAUUUGUUAAAGCAUUUUGGGUGAUAAAUAGGCAAUGCAGUAACAGUACCUUCCUCCAUAUUUAAUCAGCGCUGCCUAGUUUGACAGCUUGACCACAGUUCACGAGCAGUGAUUGACAGCUGCGUUAGAGACUCCUCUGUGCUGAUUGGUUGUUUUUAGUGAACCACUGUAGAAUCUAGCAAGAGGCAGGAUAACAAAAAGUU